UCUCUCAAUUCAAACCACUCGCUAGCAUCGCAGCAAAGUUUCACUAAUGCCUCAGCACCCUGGCGUAUGGACUGGUCCUGCCACAAAGGGGAAUGCUCGCCCAGCCAUGGCCCAUUCAUAUAUUUUCCCCUCAUACCAGACUAUUAGCAGCUAGCUGGUGCUCCCAACCACGCUGCUUCAGUGCACACCUCUCCGUUUGCUAUAUAUACAAGUCCUCUAUGAUCCCUUCUACCCUCGACUCAAUCUACUUGGCUGUCGCUGUGCCCUUCUCCUUCGCUACCUGGCGUUCACCUCAUUCCAUUUCAUUGAAAGUAGUGGAAAGCUAUCUGCCUACAUCUGCAACAUUCUUCAGCUUUCACUCUUUCGUCACCUCCGUCCUCGAUGGAUCAGUCCCAUCUUGAGGAUGCACACCAUCAACUUCUCUUCAUCCAAUCUGAUGCCACUGAUGGCUCACCUCCGCAUCUUGAGGAGGUCCGCCACGGUGAUGGUUUGAUCAACCGUGUGCCGUUCUCUUCUAGAGAUAGGGGACUAGUGCCCAUCGGUAUUCACCUCAGGAACGAAAGACCGAAUGAAGAUGAACUUGUCCGUGUGAGGGGUUGUUCGAAUGCUGACGUACACAUGCUGAGGAUGUGGCCCGAAGAUAGGUCGUGUAUCGGUGUAUCGGCCAUUGACAUCGAGGGCCACCCCCAUAAUACAGUCGUACCCUCACGCUUGUUCGACGUACUGGUCCAUGUACCUUCUUCAGCUCAUACUACUUACCCAGCGCAUGUCUACCUUGACGCGUUGAGGGGAAGUGCCUACGCACAGCACGCAUAUAUCACCUCUGUCAGGCGUUUCAGAAACAAUGACGCCAUACAACAUCGGUCCCUUAUACUACAGGUUGUUCGAGAUGGGAUGCCGGACUUCAAGCUUCGGAUCGACCGUUUCCGGGACCGUACUCUCUCAUUUCUUCAAUUCUGUCUUCUUCGUCGUGGACGGUCUGAUGCAUUGGAUACAAUAACCGUGUCCGAGAAUUUGCAGUUACUCUACGAUGCAAGGUCAAGCGAAGAAGCGGUACUGGACCUACCUCAACCAAUCCCGCUCCUUGAAUUCGGAAGUAUCCUCGAGGUCGUACUGGUUAGAUCCCAUUCCUACGAUGUGUUCGCGGAAAACUGCUGGUUCGUCGUUUCGACUCUUGAAGAGGCAUUUGUGAACGUGUUUAGUGCUUGCUAUGUAAAAGGUAAAGCGAGUCAUUCACGUCUUGCUAGACGAAGACGUACCGGAAUAUGGAACGAGCUUGGUCUUCGAGGAUCCAAAUAAAAAAAGCCAGUUAGAGUGAAGAUUCGAUGAAAAGAUCCUGAUUCGUGUGUAACACGCACCGUUACUUGGGGCAAUAGGUCUUUCAGGUUGCGAUUUCUCCGUUCUUCAUCCCAAAGUACAUAAACCCCCAUGCAGAGUUUCCCCCCCCCCCCAUCCAUCAUCCCUCCCCCUUUCAAAAAGAAAUAGAAAAACGAAAUAAGAAAAGCCGACAUUCUAGACGUAUACAUACUAUUUGGCCUGGUCUCGUUCUAUUUUUCCGUUUG